UUCCUCGUUCCAUGUCGGACUCAUUCAGGAUGCUGCUUAGUCUUGUAUCUGAGGAGGUUCUCAUCACGCACGAUUGCAUAAAGGUAUUGAAUCUUGAAGACCAAAAUCUAUAUUUCUGACCCUAACCUUUUGAACUAUUCAAACUUUUUUCUAUCUCAACCUGUAAUGUUUAAUCUUUAUACCUCGUGACUGCUUGUGUUCCAGCGCCUGCUGGAAAUAUUCUUUCAUUGUUAAUCGACCAUAGAGAGAGAUGGCCUUUUGCGGUGUCUCUGAGAUCAUGAAAGACAAGAAGCGCAAAUCUCUGGGAAAGGUGAGAGCAAGUGAAGAGAUGACGGCCGCCGGCGAUCUCCAUAGAAAUCAUGGGACGGGCCACAAGCGUCGUUUCGGCGAGCAGUGGACGAUCUUUCGGGUUCCAGCACACAUUCGCGAGGUCGACAAGAAGGCAUACAACCCUCGGGUCGUCUCGAUCGGUCCUUUCCACCAGAGCCGGCCAGAGUUGAGGGCGAUGGAAGCUCAGAAGCUGAGGAUGUAUGAGCGACUCAUGAAGCAGAUUGGUGAUGAGGGCCGCGAUGUGGGCCUCGAGACUGCGAUCAAGCAGUUGGAAGGCAGGGCAAGGAGAAGUUACUCAGAGGAGUUCGACCACAUCAGCAGCGAGGAAUUCACCCAGAUGAUGGUUCUUGACGGUUGCUUCAUCGUCGAGCUCAUGCGGUUGUAUCAUGAGAGCAAUCAGCACGGCCAACAUGUGGAAGAACCGAUAUUUGCAACGAGAUGGAUGCUUCCCAACAUCACCAGAGAUCUGCUAAUGCUUGAGAACCAAUUGCCCUUUUUUGUGUUGCAAGAAAUCUACAAGCUCACCACCUUCGACGAGGAAGCGAUCCCGCUAAACAAGCUCGCGCUCCUAUUCUUAGAGCCUCUACGACCCCAAAAGGGCGAAUACACUGAGAUAAGGUGGCACGACCAAGGGAAGCACCAUCAUCUCCUCGCUCUGUAUCACUCUAGUUUCGUCCCAAGUGAUUACCAUCCUUCUCAAAGGUUCCGAGACGCGAGAUGGAACAGACACGAAAAUUUUCCAGGGAAGUUUUGGCUGGCAGAAGUAAGGAUACUUCGGAGAUCUGGCAUUACGUUCAAGAGCAAUCCCGGUAACCUCCUCAACAUAGAAUUCGAGAACAGAGAGCUACGGAUCCCGACUCUCUUCGUCGACGACUCCACGGGGCCUUUGCUUCGGAACUUGCUGGCUUACGAGCAAUGCAAUGCCUUCGCUGCGCCAUAUUUCACCUGCUAUGCGAUCUUCCUCAACAGCAUCAUCGAUGUGCCGGAAGACAUCGAGAUCCUUCAAGAGGCGGGGAUCAUAGUACAGUCCGAGGCCGUGGACGAAGAGGUGGUCAACCUUGUCAAUAGUCUCACCAAGGAGCUCGUGUUCGAUUUGGACGACCGGAACGACUGCUACAUAGCACGGCAAAUUGAAGACAUCAACGCCUUCUGCAGAUCUUGGAAGAGCAAAUGCAUCUAUCAGCUCUCGUGCAUCGAUUUUGUCCGAUUAGGGUUGUCAUUCCUGUUCCCCUGGCUCAAGUAAUCGCAUGCACGCUAUUUUCUUA